AUACAAUCGAUGUAUAAAUGGCAUUGUACAGAUCUGCCGACGAGCCAGUGUAGACGAGCGAAAACCGAAGUGACACUGAUAAGAUAAAGGUGAGCUUUUUAACCGAAUUCAUUGAAGCCGUCUCGUGUCAUUCGCAGCCCGUCCAUCCAACGACUCGCAGCACACCUGACGAACUUUCUUCGAUCUUCAACGAGCCGCAGCAGAAACAUGCCAAACUACAAGUGGAUCCCGUGCCAGCUGGGCCAGCCCCUGCCACACAGAGCCGUGCACGGCGGACGCGACGUCGACGGCACCCAGAUCUACGUGGGCCGCGCCUACCACGAGGGUGACAAUCUCCCGGCCAAGGUUAUCCCCGAGAAGAACGUCUGCUACGUCGCCUACGGCGGAGGCGAGCAUCUCAAAUACAACUACGAGGUCCUGGUGGAGCGCGAAUUCCAGUGGAUCCCGUGCAGCGACGGAAGCGUUCCCGGAGACGCUGUGGUCGCCGGCCAGACCUGCGACGGCGAGGCGCUCUACGUCGGCCGCGUCUACCACGACGGAGCCCAGACAGUCGGCAAGGUACAACCGAGCCACGGCUGCCUCUACGUUCCAUUCGACGGCGAAGAGAGGUCUUUCACACACUACGAGGUCCUCGCCUACCAAUAGAUUUACUUUUCUAGCGAAUUAUAAAUAUUGUCUAUUUUUUUUUGUAUUUCAUAUUUGAGCAUAGUCGCGAACUCGUGCAUUGUUUACCUAUUUAUUACGAAUAUUUCGUAAAUGUUCAGUCAAGAUGUACGAGAAAUUUUGAUCGCUGACUGCAGCAGCGACUGAAUGAGUAUUUUGUUAAGUGAUUUUUUUAAUAGUAAACAGUCAAUCAAAACAGUCAAA